AUGCUAGGCUCCUAUGUAACCGGCCAAAAAUCCCUCGCCAUAACUUUGGCUCUGGAUUCAUUCUUCCAGCAAACGAUCAAAUAUAGACCUCAGUCGGUCGCGACGGAAGACAGAGCUGCUGGUUCUACAACAUACAACUACAAUGGAUGGAUCUCAGAUGUAGCUACUGCUAGGACAAGAAGGACCGCUGUAGGUGGCUGCCACCAUGUUAUUGGAGAGGCCAACUUCUAUAUUCUGCAACACAACAAGGAGUACUUGCAAACAUUACUGAACUCUGCCAGAGCCUCUUCAUUGGAUCCCAAUGGUCCUGCCACCGGCGCUAUCGGGGCUCUCUCACACAAAAUUGAUCAAUUCACACCUCCGAGGCCUGUUUACAGUCGGGACCAGCGUCUAGCCUUGAUGCGACGGUACCGCUAUUCCCCCCAAAGAUAUCCUGUCAGAGUGGACAGCAUAGCUCGAUGCCCUGCCCACUUGGUCAUAAAUUCGCUACUCCUCCAAACUCUCUGGCUUCCUAGAGAGAGUAAACUAACUUUGUUGACUGAUACAAGCGGCAAUCGGCGUUAUCAUCGCCCGUCGGAAGCCCCCCGAGACAAUGAAAACUAUAGUACUCAGGGUAAUUCUAGCACGCCGCUUGGAAGAAUUGUAAGGCCGAUUAGGCCGAGUGUUAUGAGCCUGCAAGCAUAUCUCAUCCUAACAUUUGAUUUGGGUGUUAUGCAUGUGCACAUGCUUGGGCGGUCUGCUUUGGUCAUUGUGAAAUCAUUGAUUACACAUGGUCAGGACGAAACGUUACUUCCUUGUGCUAGUCAUUUCAAUUUAAUACGAAUAUACGGUUGUGAAUACAAACAGCAGUGGACGUCAAUCCUAACCGAGCGCGUCCCCAUUUGCCAUCCCAACAGUCUUAUUGCGUCAUUAGGCUACAUUCGAUGCAGCAAAUCUUUUCUGAAAGCUAAAAUCGACUCGAAUUAUGAAAGAGAAAUGCCCGUUGAUUACUUGGGACUGAACUCAAAGCAAAACAAAGGGUGCGAAAUGAUGCAAUAUCUGAUCGAGUAA